GACGCUCGCCUCGUGAAAAUCGUGUCACAGUUUCGAUCACGUCCAACCCCUUCUUCAGUUCCGUCGACAAUUCUGCGAAAUGUACGGGAAAGCUAUACCGAAAACUAAAAUUUCUCAGGAUGAUGUGCUGAAUGGUUCACCCCCUGAUAAGCCUAAAUUGGUACAUGGAGGAAACUACAUCAAAGAGGGCAAGGACUCAGCAAAAAGCACCUGUCUGUUAUUCUCCCCGAAAGAGGAAGACUCUGUGGGAGCGUUAAGCAGAUAUCUCAAUCUCUUCGCUAAACAUGAAGUUAAUUUGUUGCAUAUCGAAUCUAGAAGCUCCCUUCGUCAAACGAACGCUUACGAAUUCAUGGUGGAAUGCGCACCAAACGGAAACCUCGGCGCAGUGAUCCAGAGCCUGCGCGAACAAUGUAGCUACUUUUCGAUCAUUUCUAGAAAUCACAAAGACAAUAUGGGAACAGUGCCAUGGUUCCCCAGAAGAAUUAGAGAUCUGGACAAAUUUGCCAACCAAAUUCUCUCUUACGGAUCAGAAUUGGACAGUGAUCAUCCAGGAUUUACCGAUCCAGUUUAUCGACAAAGGCGCAAAUAUUUCGCUGAUUUAGCUUAUAAUUAUAAACACGGCCAACCAAUACCGAAAGUGGAGUACACUAAAGAAGAGAUUGAAACAUGGGGUGUUGUGUUUAGGAACUUGACGAAACUUUAUCCCAAAUACGCCUGCAAGGAGCAUAAUCACGUGUUUCCCUUGCUCAUAGAAAAUUGCGGUUACAGGGAAGACAACAUUCCUCAAUUGGAGGAUAUAUCAAAUUUCUUAAAAGAUUGUACUGGUUUCACACUCCGACCAGUGGCUGGCCUGCUCUCUUCGCGUGACUUUCUAGCUGGCCUGGCUUUUAGAGUAUUUCACUCCACGCAAUACAUUCGGCAUAGCAGUAAACCACUAUACACACCUGAACCCGAUAUAUGUCAUGAAGUAUUAGGUCACGUACCUUUGUUCGCUGAUCCUUCAUUCGCUCAAUUUUGUCAAGUUGUCGGUUUAGCGUCUCUCGGUGCCCCUGACGAGUACAUCGAAAAGUUGGCUACGUGCUUCUGGUUCACGGUAGAGUACGGCAUUUGUCGGCAAAAUGGUGAAUUAAAGGCCUACGGUGCUGGUCUGCUCUCUUCUUUCGGCGAACUCGAGUACUGCUUAAGCAGUAAACCAGAACUGCGACCUUUUGAACCGGUGAAAACAGCGUUACAAAAAUAUCCGAUAACCGAGUAUCAGCCUGUGUAUUUCGUCGCUGAAAAUUUCGAAGACGCGAAACAGAAGAUGAUUAAAUUCGCUGAGACUAUUCCGAGGAAGUUUGGAGUGAGGUAUGAUCCAUACACUCAGAGCAUCAACAUAAUCGAUAGCAAAAAUCAAAUCGAGAACCUCGUGUAUAACGUCAAUCAAGAAGUACAUAUAUUGAUGGACGCUUUAAGAAAAUUGAAGUAAUAGAAUCUGGACAUGUGUAUUUUCGU